AUGCUUGCUAUCCAGGAAGAAAUGGACUCAAACCAUAAAGCAAAUAAAGAUAAUGAUCGAUUUUUAUCCCAGACUCUAUUUUCCAACAAAUUUAAGAGCUAUUUUUUUGGCUUUUUUGGGCACCUUUUUAAGAUGAAAUAUAGCAGAAAAACAAAGUUUCAAGUCCAAGUCGUAUAUGAAAUUACCCUUAGCAUUAUAGUAGUAUUACAAUUGACGUCACUUACCUGGCACCCAAAAAUGAAUAUAACUAAUUGGGAAUCUUACAUGGAUUUUUGGCAGUAUAUAGGAUUUCUAAGCUAUGACGAAAUAUGUGCCGAAGCUCACAGUAUGAAUUUUUGCUUUUAUGGCACACUUUCAUUGAUUGGAAUUUGCUAUGUCACUUUUGCAAUUUUUGGAGUUUCUAUUUAUGCAGACAAAGAAAUCUCAGCACGUUUUACAGUUGUAACUAGAAAAAUUGCUUUACUACUAACAACUGUUUGCUUUAUCCCAAGUACAAUGAUUUUUUUAUUAGUUAUUAAAUAUUCAAUUGUAAAUACUAAUGAUAUUACAGAGUAUAGUGGGUCUACAAAGGCAAGUGAAUUAAAUUAUGGGCCAGCUGGUUUUAUAUUUGGGAUUGUUUUUUUAUUUUCCUUACUCCUUAAUUAAAUAUCGAACAUUAAGCAUUUUUAAUUUUUUCUUAAAAAUUGUGUUAUUUAUUCUUAAAUGUUAAAAAAACUUUAAAAAUAAAUUUGCUAAUAAAUAAAUAAAUUAUUCGCUAUAUAUUGGAUUAUAAGUAGUCUAGGGAAGAUAGUAUUUAUAAAUUUAUCUUGUGAGAGUUUCUGCUGCGAUGUCAAGCAUUCUCAUCAGAAAUACAAUAUAAAAUCAAGAUCCAGCGUAAAUCUUGACCUGCAUAGAAGAAUUUUUUAUGUUUUUAUGUGUAUUUCUUAUAUCAUUUUUGCUGGCUAUAAUAUAUAUAUUCAUCAAGUUAUAGUAUCUGUAUAUUCUUUUUAUCUUGCUCUACAAGGAAUAUUGAGUUUGAACUAUUAUAAUUCUAUACAAAAUUCAAUUGCAGCUUGGAAAAUAGCUUCAGUAAUGACAAGUGCUAUAAUUUUUUUAUUCGGGCAAAUAAUAGAUAACCCUGCUGUCAUAAUUCUUUUUAAUAUUUUUGCGCAACCGUUAGUUUUACUCAUAGUUAUUCGAUUAGUGCAACUUUAUACCAAACAUCUUCCAAAUUUUGCUUCAAACCCUAAGAAUCAGUUUGAAUUUGAAAGAAAAUAUCGACAUUUGCUUACUCUCUUUUUAAAUUUCUUUUUUAUAAGUAUAAUAGCUUUAAUAUCCGAUUUUAUUUGACAAAAUCAAAAAUUUAAAUUGAUUUUUUUAAAUCGGCAGUGAAAUAGAACACGAUUUAAUCAAAAUUAGCACUUUCAAAAAUAAUUUAAUAAAUUUAUAUAUUUUUCUAUAAUUUUUUAAAAAAAUAUUAGCCCCUUUAAUUUGAACAGAAAUUCAAAGGGGGAGUCACAAAUGAAAAUCUCGCUGAAAAAUCUAAAGUUUUAUAUGCUCAUAUAAAUAGAUAGGUAUUCCAAGGACUCACAGCUAAGCCUUUUUUUAUUGUAAAUAAGGUGUUAGCUGUUUAUUUAAUAUAAUUUAUUUUUCAAAAAAGACUAUCAUUUUUAUUAAUUAUGCCUUAUUUUUACAAUUUUUAUCAAUUUUAAAUAAUUAAUAAGAGAAGAUAUAACUCAUUUUAAAAAUUUUGCAAAAUUAAGCACUUUUGAAAAGAACAAGCUUUUUGUUAUUUGAGAAUUCAAUUUUUGUGUAUUCGUGGUAAAAGAUGAAAGACUAGCAAGAAUUAAACUCGCUAAAAUAAAACAGUUUAAAUCCUCAUUUGAAGGAGAAGUUCAAGAAUGGAGAAUUUUUUGUUGGCUCAUUAUGAGAAAAUGCAAGAUCUUUCCUGACACCAAUUAUUUAGAAUAUUUGAAAGAAUUUAACAGGAUUAAAAAUCAGGACGAAACCUUAUGCCACAUGAUAGUUGAGCUGCAAUCUGAAUUUUCUUCAUCAUCGCCAAGAAUUGAUAAAAUUAUAAAUUUCGUGAAGCGGACUUCUAACUUAGUCAAAGCAAUCCAAAAAGGCUAUAAAAACUUGGUAAAUAAAUAUAAAAACCCAGAAUCCUACGAUAUAUAUUCAACGUAUCUUGAAAAUAUAAUCAAUAAUAAAGAAGAAGCUGAAUUAAUUAUAAGGAGAAAAGCCGGGCUUAAUGUAUAUAGCAAAAAAUCUGAGCAGUCUUUGGAACAGUAUGGCAAAAAUACUGCAAUUAUGCUUUUAGCUUGCUCAGCCCAUUCAUUUGGAAAAAUUCUAUAUUUAAAUGAAAAAACUACCAAAAUUUUGAAAAUUUCUGGCUCAGGCUCUUAUGAGACAUUUUUAAUGAAUUUUAUACCACAACCUUAUGAUGCGCUUCAUGAUAAGCUUAUGAGGGAAUUUGUGAAAAAUUGUGACACAAUUGAUGUCCAAGGCCAUGAUAAUUUAUAUCUCAAAGACCAGCUUGGAUUUUUGAUAGAGUGCAAUAUACUGAUAAAAUUGACUGCUUUUCACAACUGCCUUUAUUUUUUGAUUUCAUUUAAUAAAAUAAUUACUAAUAAGCAAGCUGCGGUUAUUUCUGAUGAAGGGUUUAUUACAUGCCAUUCUGAGCAUUUUCCUUAUUACUUAAAAUCAGAAGAAAAAUACCUAAAUAACAAAAAAUUGUCUGAUUUAUUGCCAAACUUAAAUUUUGAAAAUCUCCAAGAAAAUGAGCUUUUUGUAUGCCAAGAAGGCACUAUGACCAGAAAAACUUUAUCAAUAUCAGACAAAACUAUUAAUUUUUUAAUAAUUAUUCCCAAUGAAAAUGAUAUAAAAAAUAGUCCUGAAAACCAAACUGAUCAUUCCGAAAUAAGAGACACCACAUGUGAAAAUACCCAAGAUUUAAGCAUUUUUAGUAGCCACCUUGACAGGAAAUUGCAGCAAACAAAUUAUUCUUCUUCUAUUAGAUCAAUUGACAACUCAUUUAUUAAAGGCAUGUCUAAAGAUGACAAAUUCCAUGAAGAAAAAUCUAUGUCUUUUGAGAGGGCAAGAGCAUUGUCCACAAAAUCAAGUAUUUUUUAUAUAGAUUACGCUAAAAAAUUGCUUUCAGAAUCAAGAAUAAGAAUAAAGGUACUACAAUGGGUGCUUUUUAUUGCAAUUUUGUCAGUUAUAGGGACAGUAGCUGCGAUAUUAGGAUAUAUGGUAAGUGACGUGUCUUAUUCUACAUCAAUGAGCUCAUUUAAAUUGAUAGGAGAUUUAUUAUAUAAUCUUGGAUCUGCAUCUGAUAUGGCAAGAACUAUGGAUCGAAUGAUAUUUAUGAACGUCUCAAAGCCAUUAUUAGUAAACCAUAUGCAUUUAUAUGAAAACCUCAUUGCUGAGCUGGAAAAUAUAGAAAAUCAUAUUCUAGGGGAUUUUUCACAAUGGAGCUACUGCUCUGCGGCUGACAUACUUCAUGAUUCUUUAGUUCCUUUGUGGUCUUUUGAAGAAAUGCCCCCAAAAAUUUCAUAUGCAAACUUGUAUGUUCUUUAUAAAAAUAUCUUUUGCCUAUACAAAAUAAAAAUGUUCCUAUUAAAAAUUAUAUAAAAUUAUUGUUAUUUGCCAGAGAUAUCUUAUAAAUAUUCCAGCGAGUAUAUAACACAAUAGGAAAAUUCAUUUUUCAUGUAAUUUAUAUACAGGGAAAAAGCUUAAUAGCAAAUAUUAAUAAUAAACAAGACUAUAAGGGCAAUUCAAAGUUUUUAGUCAUGAAUGGACUAGAUUUUGCUUAUGAGUAUACAGAUAUUGCUAUGAAAGGAAUAAAAAAAUGCGAAAUAGUUCGGGUAAAAAGCAAUGGAUCUAUUAUAAGAGCAUUAUUGAUUCUUGGAUUUUGUGCGCUUAUAUUUCUUGAAUUUAUUAUUAUUGGGUUUAUCAUACUUGUGUCAAUAAAACAUGAUGAAUUUUGAAAUUUUUUGUUAAAUAAUGCUCAGCUCUCAUUAUCCAAGCUUAAAUUUUCUUCAGUUGAAAGGUUAAUGACUAUUCAUGGAGUUAAUUAUAAUUCUGAUAUGAAGAUGGAAAGAGAAAAAUUUUUGAAUAAAAAUAGAAAAGUUAAAACGUUUUUGUACAUAAAAUACUCAUGAAGGAUAAUGAUAUUUUUUACAAUAGCUGCAUCUUAUUACUUAUUAAUUGGUACAUUUUUAUACCCAAACUGUGAGAAAUCGAUGACAAAUAGGCCCGAACUUUUGAGUAAUUUUAACCCUAACUCCCCCCUCUCCGUGAGCGAACAAAGCCAUUAGAAAAAUAUUUUUUGACCAAAAACCCACCCUCCGUGAGCGAACAAAAUUUUUUUUAUAGAAAAAUUUUUACGGGAAAAAAAUUUUGAUAUAUAAAUGAUAAUUAUUAUAAUGAAACCUCGAGCUAAUUCUGUUUAAUUUUUAACAAAUCGCGUUUUAAAACAUAAAUUUUACAAAUUAAAUUAUAUUUGCUUUCCAAUUUUGAAUAGGAUUUUUUUAAAUUUGAAAAAAAAAAAAAUCUAUUAAAUUGUAUAUAUGAUCUUUUGGCGUUAUUUCUGAUCGGCUCCCACGAGCCAAAAAUGGGGUUUCCACGUGGAAUUUCUGGAUUUUCAUGCAUGAAAUCAAUCUUUAGCUCGUGGGAGCCGAUCAGAAAUUUGAGCAACUGAUUAUAUAAAUUUUUUAAAAAAAUUUAACGCUCACGGAGGUGAGGGGGAGUAAGACGAUCAUUGCUAUCAAGAUUAAGCAUAUUUUCCAGAGAUAUCUAUCAGCCCUAUAUCAUUUUAAAUUUCCCAUCCAACUAUAGUUUUGCCAAUUCCUACGCCAUGCUAUAUAAAACUCUAGAUGACUUAAACUUAUUAAAUAAAGAAAUCCGUCAAAAUAAAUUUUCAAGCCUAAUGUCCCAAGAAUUGAUGGACAGUCUCUUUGAAAAAUCUAACUCGAGCCUGCCAGUGCUGCACUAUGGCACUGAAUCAUCAAUUAAUACAAUCGUAUGAGAUCUAGAAAAUUUAGCUGCCAGAACCACCCUUCAGCCAGGCGAUGUAACAGUUGCUUUUUUAAGCCAAGUCACACAAAUCCAAAACGAAAUUGGGUAUGAAUUUGGGCUUGUUGACGAUGAUUCUAAAGAAAUUAUAAAUAAUCAAUUGAAUAUCAUUAUAGAAGUGACAGCGCUUUAUUCAGCUUCUCUUUGUGUAUUAUAUUUUUUGUAUUAUUUACCAUAUUUGAACGGCCAAAUCAAACUACUGAAAAAAUUUGCAAUUUUACCUACAAUUUUGCCUAUGAACGCAGGGCAGGUGUAUUAA